ACCUUUUUCUCAUCCCCAUCCUGGAGCGCCCCUACAGCUGCCUGUUUGGUACAUUCCUCUACAGCAGUGAGCAGGAGAGAAUGGAAAAGGAAGUACAGGGUAAAACGGUCACUGUGGUCCUACGUUAACAGUCAGCCGGAGGACUUCACUAACCCGUUCUAUGUGGACUGUAAAAACCAGGUGCUGUAUCCACUGGCCAGUCUCACACAUCUGGAGCUCUGGGUGGGUUAUUAUGUGCGCUGGAACCCACGCAUGAGACCACAGAUGCCGCUCCAUCAGAAUUUGAGAGUUAUUGUUUUUGCGUGAAGAACGUGGAGGAGCUCCAGAGAGAGGCCACGUCAUCCUGCUCCAUCUCCUCAUCCUCAGAGCAUACUUCUCCCUCCUCACAUAGUGCAUGUAACAUCAGCACGACGUAUGGGGUUCACCGAAACGGGACUAUUGAAGACUCGAUUAACCGGCUCUGUUCCCAGUCUGUGUAGCCUCACAUUCCUGUUAUUGGGUGACACGGGUGGAAUCCAAUGAGGUUUUCUACUGUUCUCAAGGCUUGGCAUGCUGUGCAUCCUGAGAUGCUUUUCUGCUCACCAUGUAUGUAAAGAGAGGUGAUUUGACGUUACCAUGGCCGUCCUAUUAACUUGACCCAGUCUGGCCAUUCUCCUUUCGUCAACAAGGUGUUUCCACCCCGAGAACUGCCACUUACCGGAUGUUUUUCACACAAGUGUGUGUGUGUGUGGAAAUCCUAGGAGAGCCGCAGUUUCUGGAAUACUCAAACCAGACCAUUUAGAAUCUACAACCAUGCCACGGAUAAAAUCACUGGAUUACAUUCUGGUGUUUGAUGUGAAUAUUGACUGAAGCUCUUCAUCUGAUCCUGCUUGAUGUUGUACACUGUGGUGUUGCCAUAUGAUUGGCUGAUUGGAUAAUUGUAUGAAUGAGCACAUGUACAAGUGAUCAGUGAGCACAUCUAUCUACCAUAGAGGUAUUUUGGGGCAAUACUUGACAAUGUACCUGACUGUUAGAUUUGUGGCCAAGUUGAAGAAGCUUUUGACAUCCCAAUGGAAAAAUAAUAAAUAAAACAAUCCAGGACAAAUUCACUUUCAGUCUUUUAUUUUUAUAUUGUUUUUUUCCCCCUUCAUGUUAAUCUCUUUCUACAGAACCCGUCCAAACUUCAUAUGUCAAUGUAGUAAGCAAGAUAAACUGUCUACAGAUAAAGAAUCUAAGAAUGCAUCUGUUUUCACCCUUAUAGAAAAGUUUUGCAGUUCCUAUCCAAAAGACACCAAGAGCCCAGAUGUCCUUAGAAACUAAAUGUACCCUCUAACUCGUGGUCUUUUCAGAAACUCGAUUCCCAGACGUCGCCACACUGAUCACAGUGCACCCUUCAAAUCCACCGUGCAGCGGAAAUGGACCAGUCGAUUUAAACGGAUUGUUGAAAAUGAGGCGGUUCAGCUGGACGGAGAGAUCCUGCAUGCGCUGUGAAGCGAGUGUGUUCUGUGGCGUAUCGGCACCUGGACAAGCACAAGAUCGAGCCGGUGCUCUACAUGAUGGAGUGGUUCAUGUGCGCCUUCUCCAGAACUCUGCCCUGGGCCUCGGUCCUCCGAGUGUGGGACAUGUUCCUGUGUGACGGAGUGAAAAUGAUAUUCUGUGUGGGUUUGGUGGUGUUGACGUCCAUGCUGGGUACUCGGGAUAAGCUCAAGGCCUGUCCGGGUCAGUAUGAGACCAUGGAGGUCCUCAGAGCGAUUGAGCCUAGAUACAUGCAGGAGGGCUUCUUAGUGCUCCAGUUGCAGGUAUCGGCACAGGACGUGGAACAUGAGCAACGCAUGCAGCUGAAGCGCUGGAAGAAGAAGCGCGGCGAGCCCGGCCCCAAACUCCCUCAGAGAAUGCACAGUGCUCGCGCCAUCAUGGCCACCGAGCCUCAUACACACCAAGACCUCCGCCAGAAACCCACCAUUAUGGUCCAGUACCCAUCGGUCCCUGAGGAGAAGUCCGAGCCGAACCUCAGGAAGAAGAGAGGGAGCCUGAAGAAAAACCAAGCCCUCAUUCCGAACCCCUACACGCUACCUGGCGAGUCUAAACCUAGUCAGAUAUUGGACAUACAGCUUCUGAACCAGGAAAAUCUCAAUCUUGUACUUCCAAAUACACCAUCACAUCCACCACGGCCCCCUACAAUGCAGGAAAAUCAGGUCAAAGAGACGAGCACUUCUACAGAGCGACUCGUGCAGCGUCCUCGAAUUCCUCCAUCGAUAAGAAACUGGCGGAAUCUAUCCCUCUGCAACAUCUAUCCCUCCUAACUGCUCCUGUACACGGAUCACCUUCAGCGUAGCGUCCUCACCUGCUGAAAUGUGCUCCUGUCCAAUCCAGAGAACCUGACCAUGAUGAGCUCCCUAAUAAUACAUAAAACUCAGCCACCAUUUUGGAUCCAUCUACACACUCAAGCCCUCUGCUUACGCACAACGCACCUGCCACCCACGACUCGCCUGCUGCUCCCGAGUACAAAAAGAACACUCAUUGAUUUUUUUUUUUUUGUUGUGCGUGUUAAACAGUGUGAUACGUUGAGGAAUUGAUUAUUGGCACACGUCUACUGAAUAGCAAGGAUCGUUAAGUCUUUAACGUGUUAUAGUUUACACCGGAGGAACUGCAAACAAUCUGAGAGAGGGAGAAACCCGUCAGCUACUAGAGGGCACACUUGGUCCAAAAAUGUACACACACUCCACAAAAACUCUGCAGUGCCUGAGGAGUGUUUACUCGCUCCAGUCUUCAGAAGGGAAACUGCCUACAGAUUCACUUUUGAAAGACUUUCACAGGCAUCACAAACAUUUGUUUAUAUUGCACUCGUAUCAAUUUGGCAGGUUUUUUUCUUCUUAAUCCGAAGCAACCACCACUUCUUUGUGUUUGUAUUUCACAAAUUUCCUUACCGCAUCUUACAAGAGCUGCACGACAAUCACAACAAUCCUGUACAAUAGGCACAGCCUUUUCAUUAACACAAUCUCAGUGAAAUAUCCUCUGUCUGUAUACUUUACGCGCAAACAAAACAACUCAAGCUGAGAACUUUAUUGCUGAUUCACGUUAUACCACACCGCCUUCUAAUAUAGAUCUGAUCUAUAUUAUAUAUACGUGUACCUUAGAUAACGCCUCUCUGAACGCCAUGGUGGGACGUUCCCGAGUUGAAGUACUGUACAAGUCCUAAGCAUUAGAUCACCCCAAUUACUCUUGUAUACUCAUUCCAUACCAUCGUGAUCUUUGCCUGACGAAACCAUACACAAACAUAUUUGACAUUUGGGGCCUAAUUCUAAAAUCACCACAUACCAAAUGCACAACCAUUUUGUCUUGCUGCCAUCACAAAAUAAUAAUGUUUAAACCUUAAGUAACAGAGUCACGGAGGGUGUAUAUAUUUUUCCACACUACAUGAAGUUUUGGGAUCCUUAUAGACUGUGGAACAGAAGUGUACUCAGUGUGUCUCCACCGUUUUAUUUCAUAUUGGAGUACAACCAUUUUUCUUUUUUACCAUUAAGGAUGAAACACUUGUUUCUUUUAAAACACCGUCUUUAAAUCUUUUUCUACCUCCUAACUAAACCCUCGGACUUAAGACACGAUCUUUGGAGCUGUUGACGCCCUGCUCAGGGUUAAACAACAACGUCUUUACAUUACCUUCAUUAAUAAUUUGUCAAUCUAUCCUCUUGGUUUUUUUUUUUUUUUUUUGGAGCAAAAGUCAGGUCCUCUCUCAUUUCAACAGGUCCUCUUGUUGGUGAAUACACAGCAAUCUCCUAAGGGUAUUAGGAUUUCUCGGAGCAGACAUUGUAGCAGAUAGUUGCAGAGUUUCUUCUGUGUUUUAACCACAAUGUCUUAACCAUUAUUUUAACACUGAGACACACGACUCCCUUUAAUUCAUUAACAAACACAUUUGUAAAAAUUGUGGUCAGCAAAACCCCCAAAAGAACACCUGUGUGUGUGUGUGUGUGUGUGUGUGUGUGUGUGUGUGUCUGUCUGUCUGUCUGUCUGUCUCUCUCUCUCUCUCUCUCUCUCUCUCUCUCUCUCUCUCUCUCUCUCUCUCUCUCUCUCUCUCUCUCUCUCUCUCUCUCUCUCUCACCCCCGCACACCCACAUGGCCAUCAGAGGUCAUAAAUGUACUGCUGGGACAUGGGAUGUCAAAGCAUAGACAAGAGCUUAUGUAUUUAGCGAUAGUUCUGUGUAAGUAUCCUCGUUGGCGAACCAUUUUCUGAAAUCUUGUUUAUAGUUUAAACAAAAUGCACGACUCUUUUAAAACACCGUCUUUAACAAAGGUUUUUCACCCUUAAAUUAACCUGGUUAGAAGGUAGGAUAUGUAAUACAUAUUUUCAUUUUCUUCAGACAUAUUGUCACUUCAGUCUCCACAAUGAAUAACUCCGAAGGUUUUGACCUUUCUUUCAGUAAAAGAGAACAAUGACAUCAUACAGCCUUGAAGGACUGUAGAAAUUUUUAUUUUACAUCCUAAAGGGUUAGGUUUAGAAGGCAUGUAAUACGCGCGUUUCUUAUAAAACACCGUCUUUAAAACGUUUACCUCCUAAAGGGACCUAUUUAGAAGGUAUGUAAAAACUUUUUUUUUUUUUUUGAACAUUUCUUCGGGUAUAUCAAUGUUUUAGAGUAUUUAUUUCAGUAAAUUUUUAUUCAAAGUCAUGCCAAUUUCUCAAAAGUGCAAUCAAUAAAGUUUAAUUUAUUUCACAAGCUUACAGUCUGCUCAUUUAUGUUCACAUUC